AUGAGCUCUACCGGUGACUACGAGGCCGUCCGCAAGGACAUCGUCGCCCAGCUGAAGAAGCCCGACUAUGACGACGGCAGCGCCGGUCCCGUCUUUGUCCGUCUUGCUUGGCACGCAUCAGGCACCUACGAUGUCGCCAGCGACACCGGCGGUUCCAACGGCGCCGGCAUGCGCUACGAAGCCGAAGGCGGCGACCCCGCCAACGCCGGUCUCCAGCACGGCCGCGCCUUCCUCGAGCCCGUGAAAGCCGCCCACCCCUGGAUCACCUACUCGGACCUGUGGACGCUCGCCGGCGUGACGGCCAUCGCCGAGAUGGGCGGGCCCUCCAUCCCCUGGAAGCCCGGCCGCACCGACCUCGUCGACGACAGCAAGGUGCCCCCGCGCGGCCGCCUGCCCGACGGCGCGCAGGGCGCCGACCACCUGCGCUUCAUCUUCUACCGCAUGGGCUUCAACGACCAGGAGAUUGUCGCGCUGUCCGGCGGCCACAACCUGGGCCGCACGCACGCGGACCGCAGCGGGUUCUCCGGGCCGUGGGUGAACAACCCGACGCGGUUCUCGAACCAGUUCUUCAAGCUGCUUCUGCGGCUGACGUGGACGAAGAAGACGAUGCCGAACGGGGUCGAGCAGUUCGUGUACAACGAUCCCGACGCCGAGGCGGACGACGAGCAGCUGAUGAUGCUGCCGACGGAUAUCGCGCUCAUCCACGAUCCCAGCUUCCGCUCUUGGGUCGAGAAGUACGCCGAGGAUAAGGAUCUGUUCUUCGAUCACUUCUCGAAGGUGUUUGCGAAGCUGAUUGAGUUGGGCGUUCGUCGGGAUGAGAGUGGCGCUGUCGUCAACACGGAUAAUGUCAAGGGUGGGUAUAUCUCUGCGCCUCAGAAGAGCCCUGUUGCUACGGGGCCGGCCAAGAAGCCUCGUGCCCGUCUGUAAAAAUAUUGUCUUCGCCUUGCCUUGUCUUGUCGUUUUAUUUCCCCCCUGUUUCUUUUGUUCGGUUUAUGCGUGUUUGAUAUGUUUGAUAGAGCCUGCGGUACAUACAGAUAGAUAGAGACCGGCUUGUAUUUAAC